AUGGGUGAAACAGAUGGUGCAGACUCCCUUAGCAUUCAGGGGCAGCUGCGGAAGCAUACCCAUCAAGACCCAGAAGAGUUCAGACGACUUUUAUGCUCCGCUUGGGGAGUCGUUCUCGGCUGUUACACAGGCCUUGAGGACGUUUGUUUCGGAUUCGACGAUCCCUCUGUGGAUGAAGCAACGGCAACUGCACGUCUGCAUAUUCCAAGUCAUGCUACUGUGCAAGAAGUUCUACCCGAGUAUCUCCUCGGUCCACCCCCUUCGAAUACAACCACCAGCAUCCACGAUGCUACCACGCCAACGACCAAUUCCCUAUUCAACACCUGGCUUCGCAUCUGUAGCUUGAAUUCCCAUCCAAGCAAAGAUGGAGAAAGUACCGGUGUUGCAACACAUAAUGAAUUCCCCACCUGGUGCAAAGUUUGCAUCACCGUCGAUUCUCAGACAUGUCAGACUGUCUUUUCCUGGACGGGUUCAUUCAUGACCCAGGAACAGGCCCUUCAUGUCAACAGCACUUUUGAGACGAUUGUCAGUCAGAUGCUGGAUCGUCCUCACUCUUCCUUGUCUCAGCUCAAUUAUGCGAUCUCAGAGCAGAGAGAUUUGCGCCCCGACGCUGAAGCAAUAUGCUCCUGGGACGGCAGCUUCUCCUACAACGAGCUCGUCUCCCUGGCUGACCGGCUUGCCUGUCGCCUGGGGGCCUCGGGCGUGGGACCUGAGGUCUUUGUCCCAAUAUGCUUCGACAAGUCCAGGUGGACCAUCGUAGCAAUGCUUGCGGUGCUCAAGGCAGGUGGUAUAUUCGUGCCCCUGGACCCUACCCACCCCGUCUCCCGCCUGCAAGCACUGUCCCAUAAGAUCGAGGCCAAGACCAUUCUCUGCUCGCGGCAUCACCUGGGUAUGCUCGAGCCUGUUGCUGCCGAGCUCAUCCCGGUCGAUGAUCACCUCUUCACCGAGCUUCCACCGCACCAAGGUGCAGUCACUCGAGGCUCGUGGAACAAUGGCGCAUACAUGAUCUUCACGAGUGGCACGACUGGUGAACCUAAGGGUGCCUUAAUACAGCAUGGAGCACUCAUGUCCAGUGCUAUGGCCCAUGGGCCUGCCAUGUUGAUGGACUCAAACACCCGAUCCCUUCAAUUCGCUGCUUCGACGUUUGAUGUCAGCAUCACAGAGAUCUUGACUUGUCUUAUACUUGGAGGCUGCGUCUGUGUGCCCAGCGAAGAAGCCCGUUUGAAUGACAUCGAGGGGGCCAUCAAUGAACUUCGUCCCAACUGGGCCCUACUCACCCCUACUUUCGUCAAAUUCAUCAACCCAGCCAAUGUACCCUCCAUGAAGACACUUGUUACCGGAGGUGAGGCCAUGACACAGGAUAUUAUUCGUUCCUGGUCCACAUGCCUCACUCUGGUCAAUUGUUACGGCCCUGCAGAGACAUCUGUCGUCUCGCAUGUAAACGUGGGCAUGAGGGAAGGCAAGAACCCCCUGAAUAUUGGCCGGCAUGUGGGAAUCCACUGCUGGGUCGUGGACCGGUAUAACCAUGACCGGCUCAUGCCAAUUGGUGCUGUCGGAGAACUCCUCAUCGAGGGGCACACGCUUGCUAGGGAGUACUACAAAGAGCCUGAAAAGACGAGCGACGCUUUCAUAUUUGAUCCUGGCUGGACAAAAGAUCAACCCCAGCAGGAGUCCCCGCGACGAAUGUAUAAGUCUGGUGACCUAGUCAGAUACAAUUCAGACGGCACGUUCCACAUUGCGGGGCGGAAGGAUUCCCAGAUCAAGUUUCACGGCCAACGCAUAGAGUUGGGUGAGAUUGAGCACCAUCUGAACAUUGUCCCGUGUAUCAAGCACGGGAUGGUGAUCCUACCCAAAGCCGGCUUCUGCAAAGGACGGCUACUCACCAUGAUUCAGCUCAACGAUGCUUUGAAUCAGGAUCUUGUACCUAAAGGCAAGCCGUACGAGCUGAUCCAUGGCGAGCUGGAGGAGAUGGCCAAAUCCAUGAUUGAGGAAGCCAAGCAUAUUCUCACGGAAAGACUUCCCCCGUACAUGAUCCCCUCCAUGUGGCUUGCCGUCGAGUUCAUUCCUCGCCUGCAGUCUGGAAAGCUUGAUCGUAAGCAGACCACACAGUGGGUUGAGAACAUGAGCGAAGACAUGUAUCGCCGGCUUAACCCUGUCACGGUUACAAGUUCGUCAGAGGACUUGGCUUUUGCUAGCCCGACGGAGCUGGAGCUACACAGUGUAUGGACACACGUGCUGAACCUCAAUGCAGAGCAGCUCGGCCUUGGCCAGUCGUUCUUGAGUGUUGGCGGUGACUCCAUCUCAGCCAUGCAAGUCAUGAGUGAGUGCAAGAAGCGUGGACUUGGUCUGAUGGUCCGCCAAAUCAUCGGCUGUAAAUCCAUCCGUGAGCUUGCUUCCCAUGUCAAGGGUAUUGAAGCUCCGGUUUUCCACGAGGAGAUCCUAGAGCAGCCCUUUGAGCUUUCACCCAUCCAGAAGCUGUAUUUUGAGCGACCAAAUCACUCUCAAGGCCACUAUAACCAGAGCUUUCUCCUGCGUACCAACCGGCGCGUCUUGGCGGCGGAUUUGCGCAAGGCUAUUGAGACUAUCAUUCAAAGACACUCAAUGCUGCGCGCUAGAUUCUCACAGACAGCUCAAGGCAUGUGGCAACAACGUAUUACGAAUGAGACGUCUUCCUCAUAUCGACUACGCACAUUUAGAUUGGCUCGGCGCGACGAGAUAGACCACUCGCUUGUUGAUAGCCAAACAUGCCUUAAUGCCAUCAAUGGGCCUUUGUUGGCAGCCGACUUGAUAGAUCUCAAUGGAGAAGAGGAGUUGCUAUUUGUUGUAGCUCAUCACCUUGUCAUCGAUCUCGUCUCUUGGAGAGUUAUUCUUCAGGAGAUUGAAGAAUUGCUACUUGGACAAGAGUCAUCAGCUGCAGCAGAAAAGCCGCUUCCAUACCAAACAUGGUGCAAGUUGCAACUAGAACACUGUCAAUCCCUGACCCCUGAGCAGGCCUUGCCCAUUCAAGGAAUUCCCGAUGGCAAUCCGGCUUACUGGGGCAUGGAGACAACGCCAAAUAUCUACGGCCAAAUGGCUCGUGGAGGAUUUGAGGUCAAUUCAUCGUUGACGUCCCUUCUUCUUACAAAAUGCCAUCGCUCGUUGCGCACUGAGAUUCCCGAUGUCUUGCUUACGGCCAUGAUCUUCUCCUUUGGCCAAACGUUCACGGAUCGUUCCAUUCCUCCCAUCUUUGCUGAAGGCCAUGGCAGAGAGUCUUGGGACCCCUCCAUAGAUCUAUCCAGGGUAAUUGGCUGGUUCACCACCAUCUACCCAGUGUUCGCAGGCUCAGACACUCAGACGAGCUUGAUAGACACUGCCAAGCUGGUCAAGGAUGUACGCCGGAGAAUACCUGAUAAAGGGCGGCCGUAUUUUGCCAGUCGCUGGCUUACUGAACAGGGGAAGAAUGAGUUCUCGCGCCACUGGCCCCUCGAGAUCACCUUCAACUAUCUCGGCCAGUAUCAACAGUUGGAGCGGGAAGGUGCACUUUUCACUCCCGUUAGUGAUAUUGCUGGCGAAGUAAAGGAGGCGGUUGAGGGUGCCGAUGUCGGGUCGUUGACGACAUGCAUCUCCCUAUUCGAGGUCUCUGCUGUCAUUAUUGGGGGCACGUUGAGAUUCUCCUUUGUUUUCAAUCAAAACAUGAAGCACCAAGAAAAUAUCCGCCGCUGGAUUUCAUCAUGCCAGCAGACCUUGGAAGGAUUGAUUGAAAUGUUGAGUACUAAGGAGCCUGAGCCUACUCUCAGUGAUUUCCCAAUGCUCUCACUGACAUACGACCGUCUUCAACUAUUGGUGUCAGACAGACUGCCCCAAGCUGGGGUGACGGCUCUGAACCUUGUUGAAGAUGCCUAUCCUUGCUCUCCCAUGCAAUCAGGCCUGCUGGUCAGCACGACUAAGAACAACGCUUUCUACGCGGCGUAUACUCUUCAUGAGGUCAAGAGCAGGGGCAACAGCUCUGUUGACCCUAUUAGGCUGGCCAAUGCCUGGAGGACCAUUGUUGAUGCUCAUCCUAUUUUGAGGACCGUGUUCGUGGAGAGUGUAAGCCAGAUGGAUUCCCUCUACGAUCAGGUGGUCCUCAAGGAGGUUGAGGUUCCAAUCAUUCAACGAGAAGCUGCCACUGACGAGGAUGCUGUUUCUGCUUUGAGCUCCCCCCCGUUGCAUCAAGACAAUAACUCGCAACUGCUGCAUCGCUUUGAGAUUUGCACAACAGCGACCGGCAAGGUUUUCUGCAGGCUUGACAUCAGCCACGUCAUAAUGGACGGGACUUCCCUGUCAAUUGUCUUCCGUGACCUGGCACUGGCUUACGACAAUCGACUCAAGCCCGCUUCGAUACCUCUAUAUCGCAACUACAUCAAGCACCUCCAAGAGCAGGUUAGCGAGCCUGGUAUUGAAUACUGGAGCUCGCACUUGGCUCAGGUUGAGCCUUGCCAUUUCCCAGUCCUUAAUGACGGCAACACUGUCGAUUCUAAGGAGCUGAGGUACGUUCGAGUGAUGUUUGAGGAGUUGGCGGAGCUGCAGCGCUUGUGUGAUCAAAAGGGGGUUACAUUCGUGAAUGCGAUAUACGCAGCGUGGGCCUUGACUUUGCGCCUAUACACAGCUUCAGAAGAAGUCUGCUUCGGUUAUCUUACCUCUGCGCGGGAUGCACCGAUCGACGGUAUCCGCGACAUGGUUGGGCCCGUCAUAAACAUGGUGGCUUGCCGUGUGAAUGUCGCUGACUCUACGACUCUCGGCCAAAUCAUGAGCUCUGUGCAGUCGGACUACCUCGACAGUUUGGCUUUCCGCCACAUUCCUCUGGCAGAGGUACAGCACGCACUCAAGCUCUCUGGCGUGGCUCUGUUCAACACAGCACUGUCGUAUAGAAAGCUCCCGCCUGCGCUGCAAGAUGAGCCAGAUAUCUCGUUUGACGAGUGUCGUCCUACAUAUGACCCUGAUGAGUACAACGUAUCCAUCAACAUAGAGGCGGGCGAGAAGGACAUGGCUAUUGAUCUCAUGUACUGGACAGACACUUUGUCAGAUGAGAACGCGGCCAACGUUGCAAGUUCAUUCACAAAGGCGCUCAGCAAUAUCCUUCACCACUGCGAGCAGCCAAUUUCACGCCUGGAUCAUCUCAGCGAGAGGAAUCAUAUGCAACUGUCACAAUGGAAUGGAAACAUGCCUGAAGCCAUCGAAAGGUGUGUUCACAACCUUGUCGAAGAUCAAGCGCUGAGCCGUCCAGACGCACCGGCCAUUGCGUCUUGGGACAUGAACUUCACAUAUUCAGAGCUCGACGCUGCUUCAACAAUACUCGCUCAAUACCUCGCCUCCGUGGGUGUUGGAUUAGAGGUGUUUGUACUCAUAUGCUUCGAGAAAUCUGCCUUCUCAAUUGUGGCCAUGAUGGCUGUGUUGAAAGCAGGAGGCGUUUGUGUACCCCUCGACCCUGCGCACCCGGACGCGGCGUUGCAACUGCGAGCCAAAGAUACUGGUGCUUCCAUUGCUCUUGUAUCUUCUUCAUUGGUGAGCAGAUUCGAGGCAAUCGUUCCAAAAACCGUGGCAGUGGAUAGCGAGCUCCUGCACAACAUAGAUGAUGCGCAAGAUUCAAUUCUACCCAAGGUAUCACCCAGCAAUGCCUGUUUUGUUAUCUACACAUCCGGCAGCACAGGGCAGCCCAAGGGAGUUGUGCUUGAGCAUAGAGGACUCGCUACGAAUGCCGAGUACUCUGGUUCAUCCUUAGGCUAUGACAAAGACUCGAGGGUGCUGCAGUUCGCGUCUUACACAUUUGACAACAGUCUUGCAGAGAUCUUCACCACACUUACACGUGGAGGCUGUGUUUGUGUGCCAUCCGACCACGAGAGGCUGAAUGAUCUUGCCGGCGUCAUCAACCGCCUCCAAGUCACUUUUGCAGACAUAACGCCCACCGUUGCCACAUUCCUCCAGCCGACUGAUGUCCCGACUUUGAAGAUUCUGGCUCUGGGAGGAGAGGCCGUGACCGCCAAAUGCGUCGAAAUCUGGCGCGACUACGUCUCCCUCAGGUGCUGUUACGGACCCUCGGAGUGUUCGGUAAACUCGACAUACUCAGGGGACAUUGCGCGGCCAGGACAGGCCACGAACAUUGGACGAGCCAUCGGAAGCAUCGCCUGGGUUGUUGACCGCAACGACCAUAGCUGCCUAGUACCUGUUGGGUGUAUAGGUGAGCUCUUGGUGGACGGGCCUAUCGUAUCGCGCGGAUACCUCAACAUGCCAGAGAGGACGGAGCAGUCAUUUGUCAAACCUCCGCAAUGGCUAGAAGGAAUAAAUCCAGGUAUAGAUCCUUCUCGUCGCCUAUACAAAACGGGAGACUUGGUGAGAUAUAACUGUGAUGGCUCCCUGAUGUAUCUUGGGCGUAAAGACACCCAGGUCAAAUUGAACGGGCAGCGCAUUGAGCUCGGCGAAAUUGAGCACCACAUUGAGAAGAGUCUCCCAGAAGGCGCACAGUCCGCCGUUGAGCUUGUCAUUGUCAAUGGGAAGAAGUCCUUGGCUUCAUUCAUCAGCAUGGAGUGGGAUGGCUCUGUCCCUGCCAGUAGUGACGAAACCAACAUCCUGCCCAUGUCUGAGCCGUUCAAAGCGCUUGCCAAAGACCUCGAGGUGAUGCUAUCAAAAAGAGUUCCAGGCUAUAUGGUCCCAACCAUGUGGCUGCCUGUUUUCCAGAUGCCACUCACUACGUCCGGAAAGCUGAACCGCCGCAGUCUUCGCUUACAGGCAGAGGCCGUGCCGGAAGCAAGCCAAAUUGCCUACAAACUUGCCACAAAGAGCGGCAGAGCACCCUCAAGUGAGGGGGAGAAGCUGCUGGCUGGACUGUGGGCGGCUGUUCUACACACAGACUUGGCACUGAUUGGGGUCGAGGACAACUUUUUCAAACUUGGCGGAGACUCGGUCAGCGCAAUGCGCCUCGUCACUCUGGCAAGGAAGGAAAAUAUCAGUUUGACUGUGGCCAGCAUUUUCCAAAAGGCGACUCUCCUUGACAUGGUUCAGUCUUCAUCAUCAAUGUCCAAGACUGCCAUUUCUCCUGUUGAGCCGUUCUCGCUGCUCCCCGACAGUCAAUCAUUGGCUUCUGUGAAGCACGAGGUGGCAGCUCAAGCCCUUGUAAGGCCUCAGGUAAUUCAUGAUAUCAUGCCGUGCACCACGCUCCAACAGGGUCUCAUGGCGCUAUCGAACAAGCAGCCCGGUGCCUACGUGGCUCAAAUGGUGUAUCGCUUGCCAGAAGGGACCGACAUUGGCAGGUUCAAAGACGCUUGGCAGCAAGUCGUGAGAAAGGAAUCUGCAUUGCGGACGAGAAUCGUGCACACAGAAGCUUGGGGCUUCUUACAAGUGGUCGUGGACGAAGCCAUCGAGUGGUCUUCGGUGUCGAGUGUGUCUGAGCUACAAGAAUCCGAGCGUCAGCUGCCUUCCCACAAUGGCGGGCGGCUAACACACUACACCAUUGCCGAAGAACAUUCUGGGGCAACUUUCUUUGUUUGGACUAUCCAUCAUGUUCUUUACGAUGGUUGGUGCCUGCCCAUCAUCCUCGAAAGUGUGAAGAAAUGUUACCUCAACGGCCUUCUCUCGCGGCCACCCGGCGGCUCCUCGUACGCCAACUUCAUAAAAUAUGUCGUUGAACUGGACUCUGAGCAUACAGACAAAUUCUGGACUUCUCAGCUUUCUGAUCUGUCUACUCAACAUUUCCCACGUCUUCCACAGCCAGACUACCAGGCAAGUGCCAGCAGCAUGUUGAUUCAUAAGACGGCACUCAGUCGACAACAAGGAUCCGAGAUCACUCUCGCGACGGAAAUCCGCGCGGCCUGGGCAUUGACCGUCUCCGCCUACUCAUCUGUAAACGACGUUGUCUUUUGGGAAACUGUCACUGGUCGGGAUGCCCCAGUCAUCGGCAUUGAGGACAUGAUCGGAGCCACGCUGGCAACAAUUCCAAGGCGAAUCCGUCUCCCCCAGUCGAACCACGUCUCAGAAUUCCUGCAGUUGAUUCAGGAGGAGUGUGCAGCCGCUCUCCCACACCAAUACGCAAGCAUUGCGCACAUCAAGCGCCUCAGCACCGAGACGGCGAUAGCCUGCGGCGCACAGAACCUCAUUGCAAUCAACAAUGGUGCACGAGAUGAGUCGGACUCGUUUUGGGACAUCCAAAGCAAUGAGAUGGAGGGUACUAACUUUUAUACGUACCCCAUCAUGAUAUCAUUUCACAUCGGGAAAGACGAGUUGGAAGCAGUAGUGCACUUUGACCAAGGUGUCAUCCCGGACUAUCAAAUGCAACGGGUCAUGGACCAUUUCGCCUUCGCUCUCCAGACCAUUAAUUCUACACGGUACGGCGACAAAAAGCUCAGUGAGCUUGGCAUGUUAAGCCCCCGUGACUGCGAGACGCUCCAGCUCCGCAACUCUGCGCUGCCGCCUAAGAUCAACCGCACAGUUCAUGAAAUGUUCCAGCAUCAGGUUACGGCGCAGCGUCAGGAGAAACUCUCCGUGUGCUCCUGGGAUAUCCAAUUGACGUACUCCGAGCUUGACUCAAUGUCGACAAAGUUAGCUUCUAUUCUCACGAAUAGAGGCAUUGGAAGCAACUCAAUAGUCCCGCUAUGUUUAGAGAAGUCAGCUUUGGUUAUCGUGUCUAUGUUGGGUGUACUGAAGUCAGGGGCCGCAUUUGUCCCGCUGGAUCCGGCUCAUCCUGAUGCACGAAUCAACGGCAUUCUAUCUGAUGUAGAAGCCGGCAUCCUUUUGUGCUCACCCAAGCACGAGGAACGAUGCGCCAGCUUCCAGUCCGUGGAACGAAUAGUUGUCACCAGAGAACUUAUUGAAGCCAGCUCGAUACCCGAGUCUGAAGAAGCUCCUCCUAUCUCUGACCCAGACAGCACUGCGUACAUUAUCUUCACCUCCGGCACUACGGGUAAGCCAAAGGGAACCAUCGUGGGACAUUCUGCGUUCUGCACUGGAGCCAUGGCUCACGGUUCCGCUAUGGGCAUGAACGAGCAUUCGCGAGUUUUGCAGUUUGCCUCGUAUACUUUCGACGCCAGCGUCAUGGAAAUUCUGACCACCCUCCUCAAAGGCGGCACUGUUUGUAUCCCUAGCGACGAUGAGCGUAUUAACGAUAUCACUGGAGUCAUCAACCGUCUGGAUGUGAACUGGACGCUGCUUACGCCGUCUGUGGCCCAACUGAUCCAACCGUCACUAGUUCCGGGUCUCGAGACGCUGGUGUUAGGAGGAGAAGCCAUGUCUUCGGCACAUAUCGCUACUUGGGCACCAUCUGCUGUCAAACUCAUGAACGCCUAUGGACCCAGUGAGACUGCAGUAGUUGCCACCGUCAACCCGGCCGUCACAGCCGCAUCUGGGCCCUCAAAUAUUGGCCAGGCAGUGGGUGGGCUGUGCUGGAUCGUCGACGCAAGCAAUCACGACAAGUUGGUACCCAUUGGGGCUGUUGGUGAGCUCCUUGUAGAAGGCCCAAUUCUGGCCCAGGGCUAUCUCAACAACGCUCAAAAGACGAGUGAGGCCUUUGCUGUUAACCCCCGAUGGAUCAGCCAAUUCCCCCUUCCCGACUACGUAGGGGAUCGCCGUAUGUACAAGACUGGCGAUUUGGUCAAAUUGGCUGAAGAUGGCUCGAUUAUAUUCCAAGGCCGCAAGGACGAUCAAGUCAAGCUCAACGGCCAGCGGCUCGAGCUAUCAGAAGUUGAACAUCACAUUGGCACGGAUCCAGCUGUGCAAUAUGGAUUAGCAGCUAUUCCAUUGUCCGGCCCGUACAAGAAGCGCCUCGUGGCUGUGCUUUCCCUCCAGUCACUCGCCGAGAUCAAGCGAGCUGCACCAUCCGGAGAACUUCAAGUCCUCGGAAGGUUGGAAAGCUCGUCUCACCUCCGAGGAAUUCAGGAGAGGGUGGCCGGACAUCUACCACCCUACAUGGUCCCGUCGAAAUGGAUUAUCCUAGCUAAUCUCCCACUCUUGCCUUCUGGAAAGCUAGAUCGUCGAACUAUCCUGAACUGGGUUGAGAAUCUGGACGAGGCGACCCACCAACUAAUCUCCGACACUGAGGAGAGCGCAGCAGUCCUGAGCAGAGAUGCUACUGAACUGGAAACUCAACUUCGAGCUGCGUGGGCCAAGGUUUUGGGCCGUGAGGUGGAGAAGAUCCCAUACAAUCAGUCCUUCUUCCAACUUGGAGGAGACUCGAUUUCUGCUAUGCAGAUGAUGUCUAUCUGUCGCUCAUCCAAUAUUGCUGUUUCUGUUCCACAAAUCAUGAAGAGCAAGUCUAUCAUAGAGCUUGCGAGCCACGCCACAGCAGUAGAAGAAUUUGUCUGUGAACAGGAAGAGAUUGAAACCGCUUUCGAGCUUUCACCCAUACAAAAAGUGUAUUUCAAGCACAUGGGGACCGACUCGACACAUUUCAAUCAGAGUGCCCUCCUGGGAACUACGCGCGCUGUUACAAUGAAAGAGCUAGCAACGGCCCUCGAAGGACUGAUUGAAGCUCACAGUAUGCUCCGGGCACGCUUUUCCAUGUCUGAUGGCGUUUGGUCCCAAAGAAUCACAGACGACGUUAUUAACUCGUACCGUAUCCAAACCCACAAGGCCCAAGACAUGAGCCUCCUCCCUGCUCUAAUUGAGGGUAGCCAGAAGAGCCUUGACAUCAUGAACGGUCCUUUGAUUGCCGCCGAUAUCUUUGAAACAGACGAUGAAAAUCAUCAAAGGAUAUCCAUUGUUGCCCAUCAUCUUAUCGUGGAUGUCGUCUCGUGGCACAUUAUCCUCGAAGAUCUCGAAUCGUUGUUUGUGAAGGAGACCACGCAGCUUGCAAAGCCAUUCUCUUUCCAAACUUGGAGUAGGAUGCAAUGGGAGCAAGCACAUAAUUCAACAAAGCAAGAAGUAUUCCUCGAUUUGGAGACGCCGCAUGAUGAUCUCUCGUACUGGGGUAUGCAGGAUGUGCCUAAUGUGCACGGUGACGCCAUAUCGCAGACCCUUGACAUUGAUGCCCAUCAUUCCCUUCUUCUGUUGGGUGCUUGCCAUCAAACUUUCGAAACGGAUAUUGUGGAUGUCCUCAUAGCAUCACUGCUGGGAUCAUUCAGGGAGGCCUUCCCGGAUCGCUCAUCUAUCCCACCGAUCUUCAAUGAGGGACAUGGCAGAGAGCCUUGGAAUGAGAAACUGGAUCUGUCUCGCACUGUAGGGUGGUUUACCACUCUUUGCCCGAUUUUCCUACCGCAAUAUGUAAGCGAGCAGUCCGACAUCCUUGAUUUCAUUCAGUGGGUGAAAGACUUCAGGCGCAGGGUUCCUGGCAAGGGUCGACCCUACUUCACCCAUAGCCUCACUUCACAAGGUGAGGAAGAGCCGUCACUGAGUGGUUGGCCUGUGGAGGUUGCGUUCAAUUAUUUGGGACAUACACAGAAACUUGGAGAUAGCAGUUCAGUUCUUAAAUCAUUGGAUGGAACACUGCUAGACUCUGUCAGUUCCCAGUCGGACAUUGGGGCCAGCGUCCCCCGUCUUGCUCUCAUCGAGAUAUUAGCAUCGGUGAUUGAUGGAAAGCUGAGCUUCAGCUUCAGUUUCAAUAAAGAUAUGAAGCAUAAAAAGUCCAUCCAAAGAUGGAUGACUCUUUGCAAGGAGAACAUCGGUCGGGCGGUAGAGAAGCUUUCCAGCGCAAAAUCUGGUCCAACAAUGACUGCCUUCCCGCUUCUACCGCUUGCCUUCCGUGGAGUUUCUGAAAUUCAGGAGAAGCUUUCACAGCUAGGUAUCGAGUCUUUGGACAAGGUGGAGGCCGCUUACCCGUGCUCCCCUGUUCAGCAGGGUAUUCUCUUCACGCAGAUCAAGAACCCUGACCAGUACGCCUAUUCAAUUACGUUUGAGGUGCACUCCACGCAGUCCGGAUCUGUUGUGGAUCCUCGGCGUUUGUCAGAUGCCUGGCAGACUGUGGUCCAACGACAUAGCUCCCUUCGUACUAUCUUCGUAUCCAGCUUGCUGCAAGAGGGUAUGAUGGACCAGGUUGUUCUUAAGGAACAUCCUGCUAACAUUGCAAUCUUGGAGUGUAGCGAGGAUGAUAUGGCUGCUAGGCUCAGCACUCAAGCUUCCCUUGGAUUGCCCGAGAACCAGCCACCGCACCGCAUGAGGAUUUGCAAGACACCUCAGGGCAAGGUCAUAUGUGUGCUUGAGAUGAGUCACGCUAUUUCGGACGGCAGCUCAAUGCCAAUUCUCUUCCAAGACCUUGCGCUUGCUUAUCAAGGGACCGUCCCCGAAAGCCAUCUGCCUGUGUUCCAGGACUACAUUGCUUACCUUCAAGGUCGCCCAAGUUCAAAGAUCCUCACUUACUGGGAGAAUUAUGUCAUGGAUGUCGAACCUUGCUAUUUCCCUACGCUAAAUGAUGGUGUGGCCGAGCCCAAGAUUCUCCGUGCCCUGGAGCAAGAUAUUUCUCACGCACUGGAACUCCAAGCUUUCUGCACUGAUAACGGCAUUACUCUAUCCAAUGUGCUUCAGCUUGCAUGGGCCCUGGUUCUGCAAACAUACACUGGCAUGGAUGAUGUAUGUUUCGGCUACUUGGUCUCGUCCCGCGAUGCUCCUGUGCGUGGGAUCGACGAGGCGGUUGGUGUUUUCAUCAAUAUGCUUAUUUGCCGGGUUCGUCUCAACCCGGUUACAGCCGUAGGAGAUCUCCUCGACUCGGUCCAGAAAGAUCUCAUGACCAGCAUGGAACAUAAGGAGGUAUCGCUGGCCCAUGUACAGCAUAAGACGAAAAACCCAAAUGCAGCCUUGUUCAACACGGCCUACUCCUUCCAGCGGCGCGCCGUGGCCAAGUCCAUGGCCACAGGGCCACUCUCAUUCGAGGUUUUUGAAGCACAGGACCCUAAUGAGUACGAUAUAACAGUCAACGUCGAGGUCUGGGACUCUCAAGCAGAGCUACAGCUGUGUUACUGGUCAGACAAGAUAUCAGAUACACACGCUAGAAACGUCGCAUCAACAUUCAAUCAAGUUUUGAGCUCACUCGUUGCCUCCAAGCCACAAACGUUAAUUGGUGAUCUUGAAAUCCUCAGCAAUCACUGUUUGAGUCAGAUUACAUCUUGGAAUCUUGAGCAGCCCAGUUAUUUGGAUCAAUGCGUGCAUCAUAUUGUUGACCAGAACGUCUUACGUCAACCAACUGCUCCAGCGGUUGACGCUUGGGAUGCGCAGUUCACAUACGCUGAACUUGAAGUGGCUGCAUCCAAAUUAGCUCGAUUCCUGGUUUCCCGCGGAGUUAAACCCGAAACCUAUGUUCCCCUAUGUUUUGAGAAGUCUGCCUGGACGGUCGUGGCCAUGAUGGCCGUUCUAAAAGCCGGCGGCGCAUUCGUCCCACUCGACCCGACACACCCUCCAGAGCGUAUCAAUUUCCUCCUGGAGAGUGUGGCCGCCAAGCUGGUCCUCUGCUCACCGUCACUCAUUGCCAAGUUUGAGGGCUAUGGAAUUGACGCAUUUGGCGUCGGCAACCAACUACUGGCCCAGCCCGAGGAGCCAACCGAGCUUCAGGUCAACGUUGGCCCAACCAACCCGGCCUACAUCAUCUUUACAUCUGGAACAACCGGCCUACCAAAGGGCACAAUAAUCGAGCACGGAGCGUUUUCCACCGGCGGUAUUGCACAUGCCAGGGCUAUCAAGAUGACUGCUUCAUCCCGGGUGCUGCAGUUUGCAUCACACACAUUCGAUGCAAGCAUUAUGGAGAUCUUGACCACGUUGCUUGUCGGUGGUUGUGUGUGUAUCCCCAGCGAACAAGAUCGACUGAACGAUUUAGCAGCGGUCAUUAACCGAUUUGACAUAAAUUGGACCCUACUGACACCUUCAGUGGCAAACGUGCUCAAGCCAGGCAGUGUACCCAGCCUUAAAGUCUUGGUCACUGGAGGCGAGGCCAUGUCAAGGGAUCAUAUCCAGAAAUGGGCUGACGAAGCUGUUUUGGUCAAUGCCUACGGACCUAGCGAGACAUCUGUUAUUGCAGCAACCAGCACAAAGGUGGAUGAGAGCGGCACCGUGGUCGAUCGAGAGCCAGCUACUAUCGGACAUGCCGUGGGAAGCCGCUGCUGGGUGGUUGAUCCGCGCAACCAUCAUCGCCUCGUGCCCAUCGGCGGUGUUGGAGAGCUCGUCGUUGAAGGUCCAAUUGUGGCAAGAGGCUACUUGAACAACGAGACAAAGACCAAGGAAGCAUUUAUUGACCAGCCGCCGUGGAGAGCGAACAUGCAGCUCCCUGGAGACCGGUUGGACAAGAUGUACAAGACCGGCGACUUGGUCACUUACAACUCUGACGGCUCGCUCAGGUACGGAGGCCGGAAGGAUACUCAGGUUAAGCUGAAUGGUCAGCGGAUCGAACUUGGAGAAAUCGAGCAUCAUGUCCUAGUCAAUCUUCCGGCAACUAUACAGUCCGCGGUUGAUAUUGUUGUUCCCCAGAACAAAACUUCAGCCAAGGCUCUCGCCGUCUUCUUGGCCAUUGAGGGAGAGGAAGGUCAAGAAGUUGUUGCAGAUGUAGACGGGACUCUUCUCCAUGUCUCGGAAUCAUUCAAGAAACUCGCCGAAGAUCUCAAAUCGAAUCUCUUGGGCGCUCUUCCAUCUUACAUGGUUCCUACUUUAUACAUCCCCCUGACGAGGAUGCCAUGGACUCUGGCUGGGAAGCUGGAUCGUCAGAGAUUGAGAGGUAUUGUCCAUCGUCUCUCAAUCCAACAGCUUGUUCCCUAUAAGCUUGCUGUCGCCAGCAAGAAGAAAAAGCCCACCCUACCCAUGCAAUGCAGACUUCAGAAGGUGUGGCAAAAGGUUUUGGAGCUGGAUGCAAAUGCUAUCAGCAUAGACGACAACUUCUUUAGGCUCGGUGGCGACUCUGUCGGUGCGAUGAAACUCGUCGCCAUAGCCCGAAGCGAGAGGAUAGCCUUGACCGUUCUCAAUGUAUUCAGGCAUCCGAAGUUGUCUGACAUGGCAGCUUUCUGUACGCCCCUCGACCACUCAGCCACGACUUCGAUAAGCCCAUACUCGCUGCUGCGCGAUAUAUCCUCUGUUGCGAAAUUACUUGACGAGCUGUCAGGGCUCUGUGAUGUCCCGCAGGGUCAGAUACAAGACGCCUAUCCGUGCAGCUCGCUCCAAGAGGGUCUGAUGACCUUGUCGCUGCAACAGCCCGGCGCGUAUGUGGCAGAGAAUGUGUUCAAACUGCCUGCAACGGUUGAUCUGGAUCGUUUCAAGAUGGCCUGGCAAAAGACUGUAGACCAGGUUGACAUCUUGAGAUCACGCAUUGUCAACUCCACAUCAUCCAAAUUCUACCAGGUCGUUCUUCAGCCACAGCCCUUGAUUUGGAGCCAUGUAACAGAUCUAUCCUCAGCAAUUGGCCGUACAAGCCAAAUCCCCGGACGCAACGGUGGGCAGCUGACCCAGUACACUCUUGUCGAAGAACCUGAGUCAGGCUCAGUCUUCUUCGUAUGGGCAGUGCACCAUGCGCUCUAUGACGCUUGGAGUAUGCCAGCCAUGAUCAACAUGGUUGAAAGGCUCUACCUUCAGAACGGGGUCACUUCUACCCCUCCCAAUGUACCUUUCGUCAACUUCGUUAAUUAUCUGUCGAACGUGGAUGUCGAGGCAUCCAACAAGUACUGGGAGGCUAAGUUCAGUGAUGCUUCUCCUUCUCAUUUCCCCAGCAUCUCAUCUGCCGCGGCGCACAAUGAAUCAUCCCGUGUCACUAUGAAGCACACUGUGCAGUACCAAACUGACGAUGCCAAUAUUGACAUUACUAUCCCCACGUUCGUCCGCGCUGCGUGGGCACUUGUGGUGGGAUCUCAAGCGGGAACGGAUGAUGUGGUGUUUGGAGAGACGUUGUCUGGUCGUGAUAUUGUCCUGGACGGCGUAGGUGAUAUCCUCGGUCCAGUACUAACCACUGUGCCAACCAGGGUCAUCAUUGAUAGACAAGCAACCAUUGAAGAUUUCCUUAAGGCAAUCUACGACCAGGCCGCGGAGGUCAUCCCGUACCAGCAUGCCGGCCUUCAAAACAUCAAACGUCUUGGGACAGCCAUGGCAGAAGCGUGCAAUUUCUCCAACCUCCUGGUCAUCCAGGCUGCUGAAGAAUCCUCCCCCCAAUCUCAAAUGAUGCAUUCAAUAGAAAGUGCACAAGUCGAAGACUUCUUCACUUAUCCUCUCGUUGUGGAAUGCGCUGUCGAGGCCCAGAGCCUCGUAUUGACCGUUCAUCAUGACGAGGCGGUGCUCAGCAGCUGGCAAAUGGAGCGCAUACUGUAUCAAUUUGACACACUCGUGAAGCAGCUCAUGAGCGAAUUUCAAAACCCAGCUCGAAAAGUGGCAGACCUUAAUCUCUGCAGCCCACAGGAUCUGCAAAUUAUCAAAAGUCACAAUAACUUCGCUCUGGAUUAUGUUGAGGAGACUGUUCCAGCGUUGUUCCUUAGCAUGGCCGCUCAAACCCCCGAGGCCACUGCUAUUCACGCUUGGGACGGAGAAAUCAGCUACGAAAGCGUCCGAGCGUACGCAAUGCGGCUGUGCAAGUUCAUGAUUGACCGUGGUAUCAAGGCUGAGACGUUCAUCCCGUGCUGCAUGGACAAGUCCAUCUGGACCACGAUAUCCAUGAUGGCAGUCAUGCUCGUCGGAGGUGUCGUGGUGCCCCUGGAUCCUGCCCAUCCUCCUACCCGACACGCUGAAAUUGUUCACGAAUGCGAAGCACCCAUGGUGUUAUGCUCAGUUCAACAUCGUGACCGCUUUGCAGGGUUGGGAGUGGAAGUAGUAGCUGCGGAUAGCGCCAUGUACAACAUAACCCUAUCUUACCAGCGUGAUGACGAUAUUCAGUUGCCCGUUGUGCGACACACAGAUGCUGCUUUUGUGAUCUACACGUCUGGAAGUACCGGAAAACCGAAGGGUGUUAUCAUGGAACAUGGCACUUUCUGCUCAAGCUCCAAGGCGUGGAUGAAGCACAUGAAUCUCACCUCUUCCUCGAGGGUGUUCCACUUCGCAUCCUAUGCCUUUGAUGUAGCUAUGGGUGAAACACUCGGUGUUCUCGCAAUGGGUGGCUGUGUAUGUAUACCGAGCGAGGAAAUGCGGACAGGUGAUCUCUCGGUUGCCAUGAACUCUUUGCGGUCUACAUGGGCUUUCUUAACACCCUCAGUCGCCAACAUCCAGGAUCCCUCAUUAUUCAAGACUUUGCAAACUCUGGUCUGCGGUGGUGAACCUCUGACUGCAGAGACAAUCAAAGUAUGGGCCGACCAUGUCUCCUUGAUGAACGGCUAUGGCCCCGCUGAAUGUACAGUUUUCUGUAUGAUGAGUGGCGAGGUCUCGGUGGACAAAGACCACACCCACAUUGGACACGCCAUGGAAGGCGGCCAUGCUUGGAUCGUUGACCCCAGAGACCACAACAUUCUCUCACCCCUGGGUUGUGUGGGCGAGCUUCUCAUUAGCGGGCCCAUUUUGUCUCGUGGGUAUCUAAACAAUCCCGAGAAGACCAAGGAAUCUUUUAUUGAGAAUCCUUCCUGGGCUUCCUUGGUAGCAGAUCCACUCGAUGAUCGGCCUAUGCGGCUGUACAAGACUGGUGAUUUAGUUCGAUAUCGCCCUGACGGAAAGAUGGCAAUCCUGGGCAGAAAAGACCUCCAGGUGAAGAUUAAUGGCCAGCGACUAGAACUAGGAGAGAUCGAAGCGACUCUGGAUGCCGACAUCAACGUUCGCCAUGCUCUUGUUAGUUUCCCCAAGUCCGGACUGUGCAAGGGUCGUCUUGUGGCUGUCAUCUCUCUCCACUGUCUUGCCUCCGUCGAUCCAUUGAUAAUCUCUUCAGAUUGUGUCUUGGUCUCUGAUUCUCAGAUGGAGGCUGCCCGAACAGAAGUUUCUGCCAUUCAAGAGCGCCUAUCUGAGACCCUUCCUCCUUACAUGGUUCCAACGUCCUGGUUUGUGGUCAAAGAUGUUCCACUUUUGGUAUCUGGAAAACUGAACCGGCCUCGAGUUCAGUCAUGGGUCGCUACCAUGGACCUUGAAGUGUACAAGAAGUCAGUAAGCUUGGAACACAGCGACGACCUAAGCGAGCCCGAGACAUUCACCGGUCAGCUCCUCAGGCGCAUAUGGUCAUCAGUGCUCAACAUGCCGGCAGAGACUCUACCCACCAACCAGUCUUUGAUCAAUCUAGGUGGCGAUUCGAUUACCGCUAUGCAAAUCAUGACUCUAUGCCGUGAUCACUCCAUCAAACUGUCACUGCACGAGAUCAUCAAAGGCAAAUCAAUCACGGAGUUGGCUGAGUUCAUCCACAAGGAGAAUCGCCAUGUUCAGUCAUCGAUCGCCGGGGAUGAGGAAGAAAUGGACCGAGCCUUUGCACUUUCGCCCAUCCAACAACUAUACUUUAACAACAGCACUGAUCAAACCCGUGGUGAUCAAUUCAACCAAAGUCAGCUGUUGUUAGUUAAUGACCAGAUUGACAGCGAAGGAUUCGAAACUGCAAUUCAAACUCUUGUUAAAAAACACUCGAUGCUCAGGUCUCGUUUUACGCGGUCUCAGGAUGGAGAGUGGACGCAAUUGAUUUCGGCAGAUAUUGCAACAUCGUACAAAUUCCAGGACCACAUCAUCGAAUCAGAUUCCGAGAUGACUUCACUAGUAUCAAGCAGCCAACGAAGCGUUGACAUCAGUUCAGGACCGCUGUUCAUCGUCGACUUAUUCAACCGAUCCGGUAAACCUCAGGUUGUCUCCCUCAUCGCUCAUCAUCUCGUAGUAGAUAUUGUCUCCUGGUUCAACAUACUUCGCGACUUGGAAACAUUCCUCAGCGGAACAAUUCAGGAGAUUUCCAAGCCGUUUUCGUUCCAGUCGUGGUGCGCUUCUCAAGCCGCGCAUGCAACCCAAUCGGAAAUGAAGGGCUCCAGUGUUCUUCCUUUUAACAUCCAGCCUGCUGACUUUGGAUUCUGGGGCAUGGGUGGCAUUGGUAACAGUUAUGGAGAAGUGACUAGCCAGUCGUUUGUGGUUUCAAAUCCAGAAACUGUCGCCCUUGCGCUGGAUGGCUGUCAUGAGCCUAUGAGAACAGAACCUCUCGAUUUGUUCAUCUCGUCUUUGCUGCAAUCAUUUGGCCUCAUUUUCAAUGAAAGGAAGCUACCUACAGUUUUCAAUGAAGGCCACGGCAGGGAGGCUUGGGACAAUUCCAUCGAUAUCGCGCAAACUGUAGGUUGGUUCACCGCACUCUGUCCAGUGCAUAUAUCUCUCGAUGACAAGGAAGACGAGCUCGAGUCAAUCUGCAAAGUUAAAGACGUUCGAAGGAGCAUACCAGACCACGGGAGAGAGUACUUUGCUCAUCGCUACCUCACCGAGAGAGGACGACAAGAUUUCAGAGAUCAUGAGCCAAUGGAGAUCCUGGUUAACUAUCUUGGCCGCACGCGUCAACAGAGUAAGGUGGCUUCCUUGCUCGAGCCAUUCGAUUAUCAAAAGACAGACGAAGAAGAGAGACUUGUUUCUGACGUCGGGUCGGAUACAAAACGUCUUGCUCUCAUUGAGAUAUCUAUAUCUGUCACUGACGAGGGAAUCAAGUUUGCAUUCCUCUACAACAAGCAAAUGCGUCACCAGGAUCGUAUCACUCAAUGGAUUUCGAGCUGUAGAUCGGUUCUUGUCGCUACUUCCGAAAAGUUGAGUCACCUCGGUGCCACUCCAACAUUGAGUGAUCUCCCGCUACUCCCGGUCAACUACACUGAACUUCAAAAACUUGUCAGCAAGUCUCUACCAGCUGCGCAUGUCACUGACUUCGGAGAGGUUGAAGAUAUCUUCCCUUGCUCACCUAUGCAGGUGGGUAUUCUUCUCAGCCAACUCCAGGAUCCUGGUAGAUAUCUCUUCCACACCGUUCUGGAGGUUGUUCCAGCCCCAGACAGUGGCAAAGUUGAUGCAAAGAGACUAUCCCAGGCGUGCAAGGAAGUCAUCAACCACCACACGGCUUUACGAACUAUCUUUAUCAACAGUGUCUAUCGUUCUGGUACCUUUGACCAGGUGGUCUUGAAGCCUCGUAACGCCAGAAUCCGCCUGAUCCGGUGCCGAGAAAUUGAGGUGAUGGCAAAACUGAACCGCGUAUCUCUGGAAGAAACAAAUAAGCGACCUGGCCCACAACUACCUUACCAGGUCACCAUCUGUGAGACUCCUCAAGGAAAGGUGUUUAUGAAAAUGGAGAUGAAUCAUGCUAUUACGGAUGGUGCUUCAACUUCAAUACUGAUGCGCGACAUCACAAGGGCUUACGACAACACGUUGUCUAAUGCCAAGCCCCGAUCCUACAAAGAGUACAUCAAAUAUAUCAGCACACAGUCGACUGAAGAAAAUCUUGGUUUCUGGAUGACAUAUCUCAGAGGAGUACAGCCUACAGAGUUCCCCGCCUCUACUCAAGAACCUAUCGGAGAAAGAACGCUCAACUCUGUGGAAGUUGAUUUCGAGAGCUUUGCUCAUCUACAUUCUCUCGCCUCUAGCUACGGCGUCACCUUGUCUAGCGUGGUACUGGUAGCUUGGGCUCUUGUUCUUCGUAAAUACACGAGAUUGGAAGACCUCUGUUUCGGAUACCUUGCCUCCGGGCGAGACGCGGAAGUCGACGGAAUUGACGACAUCAUGGGACCCUUUAUCAACAUGCUUGUCUUCCGCUUCCGGUUCGAGCCUCAUAUGCGCCUGAAAGAACUUCUUGAUGGCGCACAAGAAGAUUACCUUGCCAGUCUGCCUCAUCAACAUGUUUCUCUGGCUCGCGUCAAUAAUGCGCUCGGGUGGACGAAGCGCAGCUUGUUUAAUACCGCUGUGUCAAUCCAAAAUUCAAGUUCCGCUGGCAACUCUGCAGCAGCUUCCCUUACGUACGAGCCGGUUGAGGCACAUGAUCCUAGUGAAUAUUCUGUCACAGUCAAUGUGAAUACCGCUCGAGAGGACGAGGGUAUCUUGUUCCGAUACUGGUCCGAUGUUCUGUCUCCGGACCAGGCGGAAGAUCUUGCAGAGUCAUUUUCAGAAUUGCUUCAUGAUUUCAUCGACCAUGCUGAGGAAAGCAUUUCGCGCUUGCGUCUCUUCCAAGGAUUAUUGACGCCCAGUGACGGCAGCCCAAGCACCCCUGACACAGUGGAUAUGUGGUCGCCAGAUCAAAAUCUGGACUACAAGAAAGAGAUUGACACGAAGCCACUCUCGGCUUCUAACCUAACCACCAACUUGGAAAAUCUACGUUUCUCGGCCACCAAGAAACUUGAUCAUCUGACCCGUCUUCGAGAAUUGUUAUCCGAGAAGCUGUCGAUAGUGUGGAAAGAAACACUCAGCCUUGAAGAGACCCCAAUUGCAUAUGAGGAUAGCUUCUUCGAGCUUGGAGGAGACUCUAUCAUUGCAAUGGCAAUGGUUGGAAUUGCGAGGGAAGCCGAACUAUCCCUCACCGUUGCCGACAUUUUCCAGAACGCCACCUUUGGAGAAAUGGUCGAAUGCUUACUAGAAAAAUCUGCCGAAGAAUACGAACCAUCAUCAAGUGACGAUGAAACUUACUACUCUAAGAAGGACAGCAGGGCGGGAGACGGAGACUCCUAUGAGCCCCUAUCCCUCGUGGAUCAAGAAGAUAUCGAGAAUUUUAUUCGCGAUUGCAUAUGCCCCGUUGCUCGCGUGUCUCGGGCUAGCAUUGUGGACGUGCUUCCUACAACGGACUUCCAAACACAGUCGAUAGAAGGGAGCCUUCUCGACUCACGCUGGAUGCUGAACAUGUUUUACCUGGAUGGCUUUGGUCAUCUGGACAUCGGACUACUCCGGGAGAGUGUCGCCAACAUCGUGGCAACUUUUGAUAUCCUUCGAACCGUCUUCGUCCCUCACGGAGAUGAGUAUCUUCAAGUUGUUCUCCGGCAACUCCAGCCAGACUUCAGAGUGGACACCGCAGUUGAAGACAUUGAGCAGUAUACGAAGUGCCUUGAGCAAGAAAACCUUCAGGAGACACCGAGACUGGGUGAGUCAUACGUGCGCUUUAUUGUGGCACAAGCCAAGUCAUCCAACCACCAUAGGAUCUUCCUGCGGAUUUCCCACGCGCAGUAUGACGGAGUUUGCUUCCCAACCAUUCUCCAAGCAUUAAAAAAUUGCUAUGAAGGGAAGCCAAUUAUUCCAACACCUCCAUACGCAAGCUAUGUGCACGGCGCAUUGGGUAAAAUCACCUCCCAGCAUUACGCGUACUGGAAAAAACUCCUUCAAGGAUCUAGAAUGACGGAUGUUGUCCAGAGAGACCGUACAACACUGGCCACGCGUCCAAUCAAGGUCUUGAAGCAAGAGGUGCUGAGUCACUCGCUUGCCUCUUUGAAUAUCACUACUGCCACUGUCAUCAAGGCGGCGUGGUCCCAGGUCUUGGCACAAAUUACGGGAACGUCAGACAUCUUAUUUGGCCAUCUCAUUAGUGGUCGCAACGUUACCGAUGUGCCUGGAAUUGAGAGUGUCGUGGGUCCCUGCCUCAAUAUGGUCCCAGUUCGCGUGCCUCUCCAGGCGUCGUGGACUGUGAUUGACCUUUUACGGUACAUCCAAGGACAGCAAGUCGACAAUAUGGCUUAUGAGUCUCUGGGAUUCCGCAAGAUAAUUGAAAAGUGUGCUGAUUGGGGUCAAGAACGCACCGACAAGAACUUUUCCACUAUUGUCCAACACCAAAGCAUGGCCCAGACAGGGGGCUUGACAAUAGGUGACAACUCAUACACCGUAGGAGCUGUCUCUUCGCAAGUAGAUCCCGCUGAUUUCAGCGUCGUGACUACACCCAAAGGUGCUGAUAGACUUGAAGUCUGCUUGCUCUAUGCGCAAGAUGACCACAUCUCUCCUUUGUUUGCUGAAAAGGUUUUCGAUACUUUGUGCAGGACGAUUGAGCUCUUCUCUUCGAAACCACAGAGUUUGUUGUCGGUUGGACAGGAAGAAUUUUGA